UUUUAUCUCUCAUUCAGGUCGGCGACACUGCGACAAACCUGAAAAAAAACCUCUUGCCUUCUUACUCUCAAAACCCCCACCUUUUCCUCCGGGGAAGAACCUCCAAAACCCUUGAAAUUCAAAUUCAACGGCUCAAAUUCCAUGUUUUCUUGACAGGCACUCGAAAAUCACAGAGAAUGGGUCGCCCCGAGCCUUGUGUGUUGUUCGCCCAGACCUUCGUUCACCCCCAUCUCGAUGAAUACGUUGACGAGGUAUUAUUUGCUGAGCCCAUUGUCAUCACUGCUUGCGAGUUCCUUGAACAGAACGUGUCUUUUGCUUCUCAGUCAGUAACACUUCUUGGGGCCACUUCACCUCCUUCAUUUGCUUUGGAGGUUUUUGUUCAAUGUGAGGGGGAGACAAGGUUCAGGCGCCUCUGUCUGCCUUUCCUAUAUUCUCCUUCUUCUUCAAAUGUGCUAGAAGUAGAGGCUGUUGUAACUAAUCAUCUCGUUGUAAGGGGCAGCUACCGCAGUCUGAGUUUAGUCAUAUAUGGAAACACGGCAGAAGAUCUAGGGCAAUUCAACAUUGAAUUUGAUGAUAGCUCCAUAACUAAUCUUGUUAGCUCUACUGAGGGAAAGCUUGAAGACCUCCCUCAUGCUUUACAUUCAACUAAUCUGAAAAUUGAGGAAUCCAUAUCAACUCUUAAUACUCUAUCUCUACCUGUUGCGGCAUCGGAUAUAUCUGUUGAAGCUAAGCAUUUAUUACAACUGAUGUUGAAGGUCUGUGAGUUGCCCAAUCUAGGUGAUGCAUUGCAUAAAAUUGUCGGCAUUGUAGUAUCAGCUGCCACUUCUUAUGUCACCUCUUCUUGGGGAAGAUCCAGUGAGUGUGAAGAGUUGCGCAAUGUUCUUAGCAAGGCCAGAACAGAGCUUAUGGAGCUCUAUAAGGUCUUUAAACGCGAAUCAGGGAAUGAUUUAGCUGAAUCACUUGAAGACAACGGACUUUUUGAGUUUGAGGUUGAAUUAGCAAAUUCUAAACAGUUGGUGGAUGUGUUAAGUCAGUACUUUCGGUUUAGUAGGGACUUCUUGAGUGUUGUACAUCACCAACUUCCACAGAAUACAAAUGUCAUGCUGGGGUUGAGUGUGGCUUUUCUUUUGUGCUCUGGAAGAGAAAGCUGCUUUCAUUUUGUUACUGGUGGGGGAAUGGAGCAGCUUGUACAUGCUUUUUGUUGUGGCAAUCAGAAUUCUGCUGCUACUACAUUACUGCUACUAGGAGUUGUUGAGAAGGCUACUCAGCAUUCUUUUGGGUGUGAAGGAUUUUUAGGUUGGUGGCCACGUGAAGAUGAAAAAAUCCUAUCUGGUGCCAGUGAUGGUUAUAGUAGAUUGUUAAAUCUGUUAUUGCAAAAACAGCGUCAUGAUAUUGCUUCUUGUGCAACUUACGUUCUUCAUCGGUUAAGAUUUUAUGAGGUUGCUUCAACAUUUGAGUGUGCAGCUUUGUCGGUAUUGGGUGGUCUAUCUACUUUUGGUAGGGUCACAAGUGGUACUCUGGACAUGCUUAUCUGUGCAAAGUCACAACUUAAAAAGCUGUUGAAAUUGAUAAAUUCACGUGGUCCAAUUGAAGAUCCUUCUCUGGUUGCCCGAGCCACCAAAUCCUUGAUUCUUGGUCAGACAGAAGGUUUGUCGUCAUAUAAAGCAUCCAACAACUUAAUUGCUUCUUCAAAUUGUUGUUUCUCAAAUUGGGAUAUCGACAUGCAUUUGCUGGCUCUUCUCAAGGACAAGGGAUUUCUACCUCUAUCAGUUGCAAUAUUGUCGUCAUCCAUAUUGCGUUUAGAAGUCGGACGUGCAAUGGACAUAUUUGUGGAUGUUGUGUCAUCAGUUGAGGCCAUAAUUCUUUCCUUUCUUUUUUGUCGCUCAGGCUUAAUUUUUCUUCUGCACCACCCUGAACUUUCUGCAACAAUAAUACAUGCCCUAAGGGGUGCUGAUGAUGUGAAUAAGGAUGCGUGUCUUCCUCUUCGAUAUGCAUCUGUUUCAUUAUCCAAAGGAUUCUUUUGUGCUCCGCAGGAUGUUGGAAUUAUUGUUGGGGUCCAUUUGAGGGUGGUUACUGCUGUAGACCGUUUGCUUACUGCAGCACCAAACUCCGAAGAAUUUUUAUGGGUGUUGUGGGAACUAUGUGCUCUUGCAAGGUCUGACUGUGGACGCCAAGCAUUGUUGGCUCUGGGAUAUUUUCCGGAGGCUGUUAAAAUUUUGAUUGAAGCUUUACAUUCUGCCAAGGAACCAGAGCCAGUUGCUAAAAAUAGUGGAGCCUCGCCGUUAAAUAUUGCCAUAUUUCACUCAGCUGCUGAGAUUUUUGAAGUUAUUGUUUCUGAUUCCACUGCAUCUUCUCUUGGAUCAUGGAUUGGACAUGUUAUGGAGCUCCAUAGGGCGUUACAUUCCUCUUCUCCUGGGUCAAAUAGAAAAGAUGCCCCCACACGGCUGUUGGAAUGGAUAGAUGCUGGUGUAGUAUAUCAUAAAAAUGGGGCAACAGGUCUUAUACAGUAUGCUGCUGGGUUGUCUUCUGGAGGAGAUGCCCACUUGACUUCAAACAUCCCACUGGUGUCAGAUUUGGCUGAUGUAGAAAAUGCUGUUGGAGAUACCUUUGGUGGUUCUGAUGUUAAUGUUAUGGAAAAUCUUGGAAAGUUUAUAUCUGACAAGACUUUUGAUGGUGUUAAUCUUCGUGACUCUUCCGUAGCACAGUUGACAACAGCAUUUCGCAUUUUAGCGUUCAUUUCAGAGAACUCAACUGUUGCUGCUACUCUGUACGAUGAAGGUGUUGUGCCAAUAAUAUAUGCAGUUCUGGUCAAUUGUAGGGGUAUGCUUGAGAGGUCCUCGAACAGUUAUGAUUACCUUGUUGAUGAGGAGUGCAAUACUACAUCAGAUUUAUUGUCAGAACGUAAUCGUGAGCAGAGUUUAGUUGAUCUUCUGAUUCCUACAAUUAUGUUGUUGAUCAAUUUGUUGCAGAAAUUGCAGGAAGUACAAGAGCAGCACAGAAAUACCAAGUUAUUGAAUGCCCUUCUACGAUUGCACCGAGAAGUAAGUCCAAAAUUAGCCGCAUGUGCAGCGGACUUAUCCUCUCCUUAUCCUGAUUCUGCGCUUGGUUUUGGAGCUAUCUGUCACCUUCUUGCGUCGGCACUUGCUUGUUGGCCAGUCUAUGGCUGGACUCCUGGUCUUUUCCACUCCCUCCUUGCAAAUGUUCAAGUUCCUUCCUUGCUGGCCUUGGGUCCAAAGGAAACAUGUAGUUUGCUUUGUCUUCUGAAUGAUUUAUUACCUGAUGAAGGGGUCUGGCUCUGGAAAAAUGGGAUGCCCUUGUUGAGUGCCCUUAGAAAGUUGUCUGUGGGGACUGUUUUGGGUCCUCAGAAGGAGAGACAGGUCAAUUGGUAUUUGCAUCAUGAGCAUCUGGAGAAGCUGCUCAGCCAGUUGACCCCACAUCUUGACAAAGUUGCUCAGAUUAUCCAACAUUAUGCUAUUUCCGCACUGGUGGUCAUUCAAGACAUGCUUCGAGUCUUUAUUAUUCGUAUUGCUUGCCAAAGAGCAGAAAGUUUUCCCGUACUUUUACGACCCAUAUUCUCAUGGAUUCGUGAUCAUGCUUAUGACUCGCCUUCUCCAUCAGAUUCGGAUGCUUAUAAGGUUUACAGAUAUCUUGAUUUCAUUGCUAGCUUAUUGGAGCAUCCACGUGCCGAGGGACCAUUAUUAAAGGAGGGUGCAUUUCAGUUGCUCACUAGAGUGUUGAAUAGGUGUUUAAUUGGCAUGAGACAGGUGGAAUACAGAAUCUCGAUGGUAGAAGUUCAGCUGCAUUUGGAUUCGGUUUGCUCAAUUGGUGCCUCCCUGUAUUCAAGUCCUUCUCAUUGGAACGAAUUUGAAAAGUUGACUACUGACGAUUGCAAAAUCUUUUUAAAGUAUCUCCUCAGGUUUUGUCAGGUUCUACCAGUUGGAAAAGAAUUACUUGCCUGUCUUAUUGCUUUUAAAGAACUGGGUGCUUGUAGUGAAGGUAAAAAAGCUUUAGCAGCCACUUUGUAUCCUGCCCUCUCUGUUGAGGAUCAUGAAUGGAGAAAGAGUCCCCCAUUGUUAUGUUGCUGUAAAAGCUUGUUAAGAUCAGUUGACUUGAAAGAAGGGUUGUCAAGUUAUGGAAUUGAGACUGUCAAUGCAUUGUCUCUGGGAUCUUUCCGCUUCUGCCUUGAUGGGGAAAGAUUGAAUCCAGACAUGGUUGUUGCGGUAAAACUCCUGUUCGGAGUUUCUGAUGAUGAUAUAGCUGAAGCAGAUGGUGUGCCUGAUGAAAACUUGAGCUAUAUUUAUGAAUUGACCUCUCUAUUGAAGACAAUGGAGGCUAACCAUAUUGCUGACUCUGAUACUCAAACCCCUUUGUAUCAGGUUCUAGAAUCUGCGAAAUCAUUAACACUGCUGUUGCAGAAACCUAGUUCGUUGUUAAAGGUGGAUGAUGUCUUUUCUGCUGAUUCCAUUCCUCUGCCGCCAAAUAUUCUAGUUUCUUCAAAUAUCCAUAUAAUGCCAGAUGGUGGUGCUGAAAUGGCUGACGAUUAUCUUUACCAAGGAUCACUUGGAGACAAGUUUCAGUGGGAUUGUCCCGAUAAAUCGUCAGAAUCAAAUCUUAAGAGGAAACAGCCGCAAUCACUUGAUGGCCCAAAUAGGCGCGCGAGAGGAGAAAACUCCACGGCUGAGACCACAAAUCAAAAUGUGUUUUCACGAGGACUGGGUUCAACUAUUGCGUCAUCGGGUCCUACUCGUAGGGAUACCUUUCGGCAGCGCAAACCAAAUACCAGCCGGCCUCCUUCCAUGCAUGUUGAUGACUAUGUUGCAAGAGAAAGGAAUGAUGGCGUUUCUAAUUCUAAUGUAAUAGCAGUCCAGCGGGUGGGAUCUACUGGUGGGAGACCUCCGUCAAUUCAUGUCGAUGAAUUUAUGGCCAGGCAAAGGGAACGUCAGAAUAUAGUGUCACCAGUAGUUGCAGAUGCGGCUGUACCAAUGAAGAGUACAACUCCUGUGAAUGACACAGCUACGGAGAAGUUCAACAAACCUAAACAAUUGAAAGCGGAUCUCGAUGAUGAUCUUCAGGGCAUUGACAUAGUAUUUGACGGUGAGGAGUCUGAACCUGAUGACCAAUUGCCCUUUCCUCAGCCGGAUGAUAACCUGCAACAGCCUGCUCCUGUCAUUGUUGAGCAAAAUUCUCCCCACUCUAUUGUUGAAGAGACAGAGAGUGACUUGGUGACUCCAGUAGCAUCUAAUAUGGAUGAGAACACACAAAGUGAAUUUUCUUCUAGGAUGUCAGUUUCGCGUCCUGAAAUUCCAUUGACCCGUGAACCAAGUAUUUCUUCAGAUAAAAAGUACUUUGAGCAUUCCGAUGACACGAAGAAUGCUACAUUACACAAGGCCUCUAGUAGUUUUGACUCUGCAACGGCAGCAAAUAAUCUUAGAUUCCCUGUCUUUGCUUAUAAUAACUCUUCAGCAUCUUCCAUACAGAUACCAGUGGGUUCUAGGAUGACUCCACAGAAUUUCUUUCUGAAGAAUAGUCCACAACGUGCUGGCAAUGCUAACAAUGUGCCUCCAGGAUUUUAUGACCAGAGAUUUCUUCCAAAUCAACCUCCUUUACCUCCCAUGCCACCUCCCUCAACUCCCAUGCCACUUCCCUCAACAGCUGUGAUAUCGCAGACUUCUGAUUCUGUUCCAAGUCAAUCAUCCCCUUUUAUGAACUCUAUGACUGAUGUACAGCAGCCACUUCCAACACCCUUUCAGAUUCGUUCAGAUUAUCUUUCUGCAUUCAAUAAUGGUUCCACAUCUUCAAGAAAUUCCAUCUCUUCUCCUAGUGGGACUGUCAGACCACCUCCACCACUUCCUCCUACACCACCUCCUUUUUCAUCUAGUCCAUAUAAUUUAACACCCAAUAGAACUAUUAACCAGUCUUCAAUGUAUAAUCAGACUAGUGCGGGAACAACUGAACUUCCUCAGAGUUCUACCACACCUUCAGGGGCCAGAGUGAAUACCUACUCGCCAUCGCCACACAUGGUUUUCCGGCCUGGUUCUAAUUCUAUGGGUCUUUAUGGAAGCAUCCCAACUCAGCUGCAAGGCGACAAUGCAACUAUUUUGCAGAAUCUCUCUAUCGCUCAGUCUUCCAUUCAAGCAAUUCAUUCCCUUGGUCAGUUGCAGCCGUUGCAGCCACCACAGAUUCCACGUCCUCCACAACCACCCCAACAUCUUAGGCCACCGCAAGCUUCACAACAGUUGGAGCAAGGUGUAUCUAUGCAGAACCAAGUUCAAAUGCAUUCACUACAGAUUCUGCAACAGCCACAUGUUUCACCUAUGCAUGCCUACUAUCAACCCCAACAGCAGGAGUUUGCUCAUGCACAGCAGCAACAGCAAGUUGACCAUUCGCAACAGCAAGCAAUGCAUCAAUCAGGGGAUGGUAUAUCGCAACAAGAUCCAGCAAUGUCAUUACAUGAAUACUUCAAGUCUCCAGAAGCUAUUCAGUCUUUAUUGAGUGACAGAGAUAAGCUUUGUCAGCUUUUGGAGCAGCAUCCAAAGUUAAUGCAGAUGCUUCAGGAGAAGUUGGGCCAGAUAUAACAGAAUGACCAAGAGUCGGAAGAGUCUCUCAUGCUUCCUUUUAGGGUAUACUCGGAGCUAUCGAGUGACGAUCAAAGGCUUGCAACCCCAAAGCAUCUAGGAGUUAACCUUUGAUCAAUCAUUUAAUUUUGGUCCCCUGAAAUUUUGUAUCGAUUAUGUACUAUAAAACUGUACAUUAUUAUUUUCCCACCUUGAUAAUGUCAUUCAACAUUAUAAGAAAAGGUGUAAUAUUAGUGUAAUUCCUUCAUGAAAAUAUCGAUAUAUCAGCGAAUGUUUUCAUC